AUGCCUGCGCCGACAGCGGUGAAGAAGGACGAGACGGCCUCGCCGGCCGUUCAGGUGCCAGUGACGAUGGACCACGAAGACGAUGUCGCGCUCGAUGCGGUGCCCGGCGUGACCCUGGUUGCGCUGGCAGACGACCCAGCCACAGCGACGGUUGUCAGCUUCGACAGCGAUCCCGAUGUCAACAUGGACAUUGACGAGGAGUCGCGGCCCCGGUUUGCGGCCGCCAAGGAUGUCCAGACGGCUGUCCGGAGAGAGUCGCGGAAGAUCCCGAUCCCGCCACACCGCAUGACUCCUCUGAAGGCGACCUGGAGCAAGAUAUAUACCCCCCUCGUCGAGAACCUGCGGCUGCAGGUGCGCAUGAACAUCAAGUCCAAGGCGGUCGAGCUGCGCACGUCACGGAGCACUGUCGAGACUGGCGCUAUCCAGAAGGGCGAGGACUUUGUGCGGGCAUAUGCCAUGGGAUUUGACGUCGAGGACGCCGUGGCCAUCUUGCGGUUGGACGGUAUCUUCAUCCAGUCCUUCGAGAUCAAGGACGUCAAGUCGCUCGAGGGCGACCAUCUGGCCCGUGCGGUCGGCCGCAUCGUCGGCAAGGACGGCCGGACAAAGUACGCCAUCGAGAACACGACCAAGACGCGAAUUGUCGUCGCCGGUGGCUCCAAGAUCCACAUCCUGGGCGGUUUCAAAGAGAUCGGCAUGGCGCGGGAAAGCGUGGUCAGCUUGAUUCUCGGCAAGCCGCCCAGCAAGGUGUACGGCAAUCUGCGGUCCAUAAGCACCCGGAUGAAGGAGCGGUUUUAG